AUGCCAUCUGUUCUCAUUGUUGGCUGUGGGGUUUUUGGUCUAUCUACCGCGCGUGAUCUUUCUAGGAGAGGUUAUUCAGUUGUGGCCCUUGACGCGUACGAGCCACCGUCUCCGUGGUCUGCUGCCAAUGACUUCAACAAGAUUAUCCGUGCGGAAUACACUGAUUUGAUAUAUUCCAAGAUGGCUGUCGAAGCCAUACACCAAUGGCGCGACGAUCCGGAUCUUAAGGGACUCUACAAUGAGUGUGGAAGGAUCAUGGUGACGCCAAUGGACCAUGUGGGCCGCCAGGAGUUUGAGAAGAAAGGUAUUUCCAACCUGCGCAAGCUGAACGAAGGACUGAAAAUCAAGUAUCUCAAAGGAAACGACGCGCUGGCCGAAAUUUGUCCCGAGCUUGGCCAUAACUCUUUGGGCCCCGAACAAGAGUUCAAGUUCAAUCCUGAGUCAGGACUGGGCCACGCUGGUAACUCCUUGAAAACAAUGUACCUAAAGUGCAAACAGCUGGGAGUCAAAUUUGUGUUUGGGGACGCUGGCAGAUUCACUGGACUGGAAAAGAAAAAUGGAAAGGUGUAUGCCAGAGCUGCAAAUGGUCAGUUAUACACUGCUGACCAGCUGCUGAUCUGUUGUGGAGCGAACACCGGAAAAUGUAUGGAUCUGAAGCAACAGCAAUCUGCUACCGCAUUGUAUGUGGCCCAUAUCAAGCUGACUCCUGAGGAGUACAGCAAGUACAAGGACAUACCUAUUCUGUUUGACUCUGAUAUGGGUUACUUCUUCCCUCCAGACCCUGCUACCAGGGUUAUCAAGAUCGCUCUUCCCGGGAUCGGAGCUUCCAACUUGGUGGCAGAUCCUCAUGGAAGUGACAAGGAGAUCUCUUUGCCAAGAUACCAUAAUGCCAAUCCAUCCGACACAAUGCCUAAGUACGGUUACGAUCAAGUAGUUAAACUACUUGCAAAAUACUGUCCCGAUCUGGCUUAUCACAUGCCGUUCAACGCCAAGACCUGCUGGAUUGGAGACACCGCCGACUCGCACUUUAUUAUUGACCAGGUUCCCGGAUACGAAAACACUUUUGUUGCAACUGGAGAUUCUGGUCACGGGUACAAGUUUCUUCCAAACAUUGGCAAGUACAUUGUUGCCAGACUGGAAAACACUUUGGAUCCGGAAUUGAAGAAUGCCUGGAAAUGGAGAGCUGGAGCCAUAUUUGACCCGUUUUCCAUUGACUGGCGUGUUGCCAAAGACUUCCCUGACCUUAAGGAUGUCGAUUGGUGGAUAGAGCAAAAACCUAAGUUAUAG